AAGUUAUUUUUAGCAAUCCCGAUCCUGGAGGCGUUUCUGAAAAGCUUUCACAACAAUAAAAAUAAACCACGCCAAAGUAAAAAUGCAGACAAUUAAUUGAACCUUCAUCAAUAGCUUUUCUUUGAUUCUUCAUUGAUCUACUCUUGAAAGUGGAAGAUGAUUUAGAAAAAAAAAUCUGCGUUGAUGUGCAUAAAAUAAUUUUUUGAGGCCUGUCGGAGAGAAUUACAAUGUCGUCCCCUGUUAUGAUGCAAAUUGUGAACGGACUGAAGUCCCGAAACCCUGAAACAAGGGCUAAAUCAGCCAAGGAGCUCCAUCAUUACGUCACGACUGAGUUGAGAGAAGUGUCUGUUGAAGAAUGGACUGCGUUCAUGGACGAGUUCAACAAACACAUCCACGAGAUGGUCAACAGCAAAGACACACACGAAAAACUUGGCGGCAUCUCUGCCAUGAUAUGCUUAAUCAAAGGAGACGUAGGAAAAAUCAACACGAGAAUCAGCAGAUUCGCCAACUAUCUUCGAAAUUUGUUGCCCUGCACAGACAUCAAUGUCAUGCACAUGGCAGUCAAGACUAUGGGUCAAGUGGCUCUUGUGUCGGGCACCAGCACCACAGAAUAUUUUGAGUUUGAGAUAAAACGGGCUUUUGAGUGGCUUGCUGGAGACAGAAAUGAACACAAACGACUUGCUGCUGUCUUGGUUUUGAGAGAACUGGCAGUUUCUAUGCCAACAUUCUUCUAUCAGCAAGUGCAGCAGUUUUUUGACUUGAUUUUCAACGGCGUUAGAGACCCAUACAAGACAAUCAGAGAAGGCGCAGUCGAGGCCAUUCGGGCCGCCCUGGUGGUGACUGCUCAGAGAGAAACAGCAAAGCAGGCUCAAAAACCUCUGUGGUACAAGCAGUGCUAUGAAGAAGUCAAAACUGGAUUUGAAGAGGCAUCAACGAAAGGACGUAGUGGCGGCGGGGAGGAGAGGAUUCAUGGGUCUUUGUUGGUAAUCAAUGAGCUGAUGAGGUGUGGCCACACAGAGUGGGAAAAGCAGUACGAAGGCCUCAAGGAUAGAAUCAAGUUUAAGCUUCCUUCACCCCAAACUGAUGCUGAGCUUCUUGGUUUUGGGCUGAGGGUGAGACCGACGCCUACCGCAAAGUCUCCAGCGAAUUCCCAACAAAACUGCCACAGGCUCAUGGGCUUGAGUGAAAGUGCAGCUUGUCGACAGUUAAUAGGAGAGAACUUUGACGAGAUCUGCUUGCAAGCUUUGUACCAUAGAAGUUCUCGUUCCCCUCACAUCCAGUCUGCCCUGCUGAAUUUGCUGCCGAGAUUGGCUGCUUUCAACAAAGCAAAGUUUUCAAAAGACCAUUUAGCCGUGACUAUGCAUCACUUGCUUUUCUCCCUGCGAUCAAGAGACAAAGAUAGAGCCUUGGCUUUCACAACUAUUGGCUUGAUUGCUGUUGCUGUCGAAACAGAUAUUUUACCUUACUUACCAAAAGUAAUGGAAGUUAUCAAAUCAGCUCUGCCUGCCAAGGAGGGUAAGAAAAGGAGCUCGACGACUGACACACCCGUCCUGACAAAGCGUAGGAGCACCCAAGAACCAUCGGUUCUAUUUUGUGUAACUCUGUUGGGAGUUGCUCUUAGGACAGGACUAGAAGCUGAGAUCAGAGACAUUUUGGAGCAAAUUUUGGCUACUGGCUUGAGCAGUGCUUUGACUACAGCCCUCCAAGAACUGGCUACAGCUAUCCCAUCUCUUCGCAGGGAUAUUUCUGAUGGCCUUUUGCGCAUGCUGUCGCUUGUCUUGAUGAACCAACCUCUGCGCUAUGGAAGUCUUUCGAGACAUUCAUCUCACUCGCCGCCACCUAUUUCCCAAGAUGCAACUGACACGGAGAGCACAAUACUGGCUUUGAGAACUCUUGGAAGCUUCAACUUUGAUGGACACUCAUUGCUGCAGUUUGUUAGACGUUGUGCAGACCAUUACUUAACAAGUGAUAACACGCAAAUUCGACUUGAGUCUGUUCGUACGUGCAGCCGACUUUUAUGUCUUGCUCUUGAAGGACCACAAAUGCAUGCUUUGGAAACAACUGUGGCAGACGUGCUUGGAAAGUUGCUCGUUGUUGGCAUUACCGACUCCGACGCUGAAGUUCGUUUUUGUGUGCUUGAGUCAAUGGACGAGGCCUUUGAUAUGCACCUUGCGCAGGCUGAAAACCUGUCAGCACUGUUCAUUGCCCUAAACGACGAGGCUUUUGAGGUCCGAGAGUUGGCAAUGUGCCUUGUGGGUAGACUAAGCAACAUGAACCCAGCCUACGUCAAACCUUCCUUGCGAAUGACGUUGGUUCAUCUUUUGACUGAGCUGAAACACAGCGGUUUGGGUCGGAACAAAGAGCAAGCGGCUCGAAUGCUCAGCCUGCUGGUCAACUCUGCUCCUCGCCUAGUUCGACCGUACAUGGAGUGCAUUCUGAAUGUGCUUGUACCCAAGUUGAGGGAACCUGAGCAAAAUCCAGGAGUCCUUCUUGCUGUUCUCGCAUGCAUCGGGUACUUGGCCGAAGUUGGAGGCUCUGAGUUGGUGGCUUGGCUUCCUGAGAUGCUGUCCUUGCUCUUAGAAAUGUUAGGCGACGGAAGCAGCACUGAAAAACGAAGUGUCUCUUUAUGGGUUUUGGGACAACUUGUGGAGGCUACCGGCUAUGUCAUCAGACCCUAUUCGGAGUACCCAAUUUUACUGGACACGCUUCUCUCCUUUUUGAAGACCGAGCAAAAUCCUGCCAUACGAAGAGAAACUCUCAGGGUACUUGGCCUCUUAGGUGCCUUGGAUCCGUACAAACACAAAAUGAACCUUGGCCAGAUCGACGCCCAAUCGGAUGCAGCCGUUCUGCUCUCCAUCACAGACCAGUCUGAGGCAGAAUCGAGCCAGGACCUGAGUACCAGUGAAAUGUUGGUUAACAUGAGUUCAGCAACCUUGGAGGAAUACUACCCUGCCAUAGCCAUUUCUACCCUAAUGAGAAUCAUACGAGACCCGACCUUGGCUCAGCAUCACACUAUGGUCGUGCAGGCUGUUACUUUCAUCUUCAAGAGCCUGGGCAUAAAGUGUGUUCCGUACAUUGCCCAGGUCAUGCCUUCUCUUUUGCACGUGGUUCGAGUUGCAGAGGCCAACUUCCGAGAGUUCCUCUUCCAGCAGCUGGCUCAACUUAUUGCUAUUGUCAAGCAACAUAUCAGGCCAUAUCUGGACAACAUUUUCGAGCUUAUCAAAGAGUUUUGGAUGGUUUCAACUAAUUUGCAGUGCACCCUCAUUCUGUUAAUUGAGCACAUCGCAGUUGCGCUCGGAUCUGAAUUUAAAGUUUAUCUUCCCCAGCUAAUACCCCAGAUUCUUCGAGUUUUGACUCACGACAACAGCAAAGACCGUCAAGUAACUCUGAAACUGCUUAUUGCUCUGCAGAAAUUUGGUGGAACCUUGGACGAGCAUAUCCACCUGGUAUUGCCUCCUGUUGUCCGAUUGUUCGACUCGACAGACUGCCCGAUAGCAGUUUGUAAAACUGCUUUGGAGACUGUUGAUGUUCUGUCCGACUCCCUUAACUUCUCUGACUUGGCUUCAAGAAUUAUCCACCCUCUGGUCAGGGUGCUUGACAAUUAUCCCGAGUUGAGACCUUAUGCAAUGGAAACCUUGUGUGCCCUGGUCACACAACUCGGCAAAAAAUACACUAUUUUCAUUCCACUGGUUCACAGGACAUUGGCAAAGCAUAAAAUAGCUCACCAAAAAUAUGAAGUGCUUGCUUGCAGAGUAAUAAGUAACUCAAGCUCGGCUGAAGAAGAGGAGUUUUUCCACUCAAAAUCAGGUCUGUCUAGAAGCAAAAACAGGGAAAGUGACCUAUCGUCCAUGGACACGACCACCAUUAAAAAGUUGAGCAUGUCAGCUGCUGGCGCUGCAAAAUUGCAAAGAGCUUGGGCUUCUACUCGCAGAGUCUCAAAAGAUGAUUGGAUUGAGUGGUUGCGACGACUCAGCAUAGAAUUCCUAAAAGAAUCACCGUCGCCUGUGAUGAAGUCUUGUUGGGUGCUGGCCCAGACAUACUCUCAGUUGCCAAGAGAUUUAUUCAACGCUGCCUUUGUGUCGUGCUGGACACAACUCACUCAGAGCCAACAAGAUGAACUCAUCCAAAGUUUACAGCAGGCGCUUUUGGUCCCUGACCUGCCAGAAGUCACCCAAACUAUCUUAAAUUUGGCAGAGUUCAUGGAGCAUUGUGAUAAAGGCCCACUGCCGAUCAAAUCACACAUUUUGGGAGAACGGGCCAUGCUCUGCAGAGCAUACGCCAAAGCUCUUCAUUACAAAGAAGAGGAGUUCCACAAUGGGCCCAAUAGCCAAGUGUUUGAGUCUCUUAUUUCUAUCAACAACAAACUGCAGCAGAAAGAGGCCGCCGCUGGUCUUCUUGAGUACGUCAUCACUCACAAGGCAGGCGCCGAUGUCAAAAUUCAGGAGCGAUGGCAUGAAAAGUUACACAACUGGGAAAAAGCCCUGCACAUGUACGAGGAAAAGUUGAAGGAAAAGAGUGACGACUUGGAAUACUCGUUGGGGCAGAUGCGCUGCCUUGAAGCGCUGGGAGAGUGGGGCCAACUGCACGAAGUGGCCAGUAGCCAAUGGGGAAAUGUUGAAGACAUGGGAAAGCAGAAAAUGGCCCGUAUGGCUUCAGCGGCUGCUUGGGGACUUGGUCAGUGGGAGUCGAUGGACCAGUAUGUUGCAUGCAUUCCAAGGGACACCUUGGAUGGAGCUUUUUAUCGAGCAGUCUUGGCGGUUCAUCGAGGCCAAUACACAUCAGCGCAACUGUUGAUUGAUUCUGCAAGAGACCUCAUGGACACGGAACUCACUGCCAUGGCAGGUGAAUCGUACCAAAGAGCCUACGGUGCCAUGGUGUCUUUACAAAUGCUGGCCGAGCUGGAGGAAGUGGUGCUGUACAAGCUGAUUCCUGAGAAACGCAGUUCUAUCAGAAAAAUGUGGUGGGAUCGACUUCAGGGUUGUCAACGAGUUGUGGAGGACUGGCAGAAAAUUAUCCAAGUGCACUCUCUUGUUGUUACUCCACAUGAGGAUGUUUACACUUGGUUGAAGUAUGCUUCUUUGUGCAGAAAAUCUGGGAGGCUGAUGCUCUCGCACAAAACUCUCACUCUUUUGCUUGGAACUGAUCCGAGCCUUCAGCCAGAUCAGCCUUUACCUGCAAAUCAUCCGCAAGUCACCUUCGCAUACACAAAACACAUGUGGAUGUCUGGCAAGAAAGAAGAGGCAUUUAAUCAAUUGCACAGAUUUGUGCAGUCAACACUGAACCCUCUGUCAACACAAAUUAUUGUGCAGGAUGAUGCAAAAAUGCAAGAUCGUCGUCGACGUCUCUUGGCCAGGUGUUACUUGAAACUUGGCGAAUGGCAGGAGUCCAUUCAGGGCAUCAACGAAGAGUCCAUUCCAGCCGUUUUGCAAUAUUAUGCAGCAGCCACAGACCACGACGGUGGCUGGUACAAGGCCUGGCAUGCCUGGGCCUAUAUGAACUUUGAGACAGUGCUGUUUUACAAACAGCAGCAACAAACAGUAGUUGGUGAAGGGCCGCCCCCUAAACCAAUUAUGAGUUCCGAGGCGCUCAUGGACAUAACAAAGAAUGCAGUCCAGGGCUUCUUCCGCUCCAUCUCACUUUCCCACGGCAGUUCUUUGCAAGACACACUUCGACUUCUAACACUUUGGUUUGACUAUGGUCAGUGGCCACCAGUCUAUGAAGCCCUUGUCGAAGGCUUGCGUACUAUAGAGAUUGACACCUGGCUUCAAGUGAUCCCUCAGCUGAUUGCCCGAAUCGACACACCUCGUGCCCAGGUGGGCCGACUCAUUCAUCAUCUGCUCAUGGACAUUGGCAAACACCACCCCCAAGCCCUGGUUUACCCACUGACGGUAGCUUGCAAGUCCGCUAGCACCGCUCGACGAAACGCAGCCAACAAACUUCUGAAGAACAUGUGCGAGCAUAGCCCUGGCCUGGUCCAACAGGCUGUCAUGGUUUCAGAUGAACUCAUCAGGGUAGCUAUUUUGUGGCAUGAACUUUGGCACGAAGGUCUUGAGGAGGCCAGCAGGCUUUACUUUGGAGAAAGGAACGUGAAAGGGAUGUUUGAGAAGCUGGAGCCACUGCAUGCAAUGAUUCAGAAAGGCCCGCAAACUUUGAAGGAAACUUCAUUCAACCAAGCGUACGGCCGUGAUUUGCAAGACGCCCAAGAAUGGUGUGGCAGAUACAAGGUUUCGGGAAAUGUGCGAGACCUUAAUCAAGCCUGGGAUCUUUACUACCACGUGUUCAGGCGCAUAUCACGUCAGUUGCCGCAACUGACAAGUCUUGAGCUGCAUUAUGUUUCUCCGAAACUUCUUCUGUGCCAAGACCUGGAGUUGGCUGUGCCAGGUUCUUACAGCCCAAACCAACCACCUGUCAGAAUCGCGUGCAUCAAGUCAUCACUGCAAGUCAUCACAUCCAAGCAGCGCCCCAGGAAGCUCACCAUCAAAGGUUCCAACGGCAAGGAGUACAUGUUCUUACUCAAGGGACACGAGGAUCUGCGCCAGGAUGAGCGAGUGAUGCAGCUUUUCGGCUUGGUCAACACCCUGCUCAUAAAUGACCCUGACACCUUUAGGAGGAACCUUACUAUUCAGAGAUAUGCUGUGAUACCGUUGUCAACCAACAGUGGCCUGAUUGGAUGGGUGCCUCAUUGUGACACCCUGCAUACCCUAAUCAGAGACUAUAGAGAAAAGAAAAAGAUUCUUCUCAACAUCGAGCACAGGAUAAUGCUUAGGAUGGCACCGGAUUACGAUCAUUUAACGUUAAUGCAGAAGGUUGAAGUUUUCGAACAUGCUCUGGUCAGCACUCAGGGCGACGACCUUGCUCGGCUCUUGUGGUUGAAAUCUCCCUCCUCUGAGGUUUGGUUUGAUCGACGCACCAACUACACCCGUUCAUUGGCAGUCAUGUCCAUGGUUGGCUACAUUCUUGGCCUGGGCGACCGCCACCCGUCCAAUUUGAUGCUGGACAGACUCAGCGGCAAAAUCCUCCACAUCGAUUUUGGGGACUGCUUCGAAGUUGCUAUGACUAGGGAGAAAUUCCCAGAGAAGAUCCCUUUCAGGCUGACGAGAAUGCUGAUCAACGCGAUGGAAGUGACAGGCAUCGAAGGCACCUAUCGACGAACUUGCGAGUCUGUCCUCAAUGUGCUUAGACGGAACAAGGACAGUUUGAUGGCAGUGCUUGAGGCAUUUGUUUACGACCCGCUCCUCAACUGGCGUUUAAUGGACAGUGCCACAACCAAAACUAAAACCACUCGACCAAAAACUGGCGAACCAUCAGACAUGAUGCCAUCAUCUCAGGAGACAGCCGAUUUGAUGGAGGAAGCUGCAGUCAGUUUGGGGGUUUCACAAUCAAAUGCCAAGAAGAAUAUGACGGGAAGUCUGGAUAACGGAGAAGAGGGUGCCCAAAACAAGAAGGCGUUGCAAAUCAUCACCCGAGUGAGGGAUAAGCUGACAGGCCGAGACUUUUCGCAUGAGUCAGAGGUGCUGACGGUUCAGCAGCAAGUAGAUUUGUUGGUUCAGCAAGCAACCUCAAAUGAGAACCUUUGCCAAUGUUACAUUGGAUGGUGUCCUUUUUGGUAAAGCUUUUGCUACACUUCUUUUAUACACACAUGCGCUUAAGGCUCACUUUUAAACAGUGACAACGGAGUUAAAGUAAUUUAAUAAUUUUUGGUUAUGUAGAUUGUUGUAGAUAAAUAAAGAAGACUUAAUGCUUUCAAAUCAUAUA